AUGACUGGCGGCGGCAAAUCUGGCGGCAAGGCCUCUGGCUCCAAGAACGCUCAAUCCCGAUCCUCCAAGGCGGGUCUUGCGUUCCCCGUUGGUCGUGUCCACCGUCUUCUCCGAAAGGGCAACUACGCUCAGCGUGUCGGUGCCGGUGCUCCCGUCUACCUCGCUGCCGUUCUCGAGUACCUCGCUGCCGAAAUCCUCGAGUUGGCUGGCAACGCCGCUCGUGACAACAAGAAGACCCGUAUCAUCCCUCGUCACCUCCAGCUCGCCAUCCGAAACGAUGAGGAGUUGAACAAGCUGCUGGGACACGUCACCAUCGCACAGGGUGGUGUUCUGCCCAACAUCCACCAGAACCUCCUCCCCAAGAAGACGACUGGCAAGACUGGCAAGGGUUCUAGCCAAGAAUUGUAA